GUCCCUGAUAUCGAUCAUGAAGGAACGAACGUAGCGCCGUCUGUCUACGGAUUCUUUCAGUUGUCGACCAUUUGUAAACAUGCCUCCGGCCGUCGCGAAGAAGUCUAAAGGGCCCACGCCCAAAAAACAGACCCUCCGGGGCAAGGGUCAAAAGAAAAAGGUUUCCCUUAAGUUCACUAUUGACUGUACACAUCCUGCUGAGGACAACAUUAUGGAUGUAGCCAAUUUUGAAAAGUACCUGCAGGAAAGGAUCAAGGUUGGAGGCAAGACGAACAACUUUGGCAACAAUAUCACAUUGGAACGUGACAAGAUGAAGUUGUCGGUUAAUAGUGAUAUCGACUUCUCCAAGCGGUACCUUAAGUAUUUGACAAAAAAAUAUCUAAAGAAGAACAAAUUGCGUGAUUGGCUUCGUGUAGUGUCUGAAGACAAAGAAACUUACGAACUGAGGUACUUCCAGAUUAACAGCCAGGAAGAUGACGAUGAAGAAGAUGCGGAAUAAACAUUUGUUUCCAUUCUAUACAAAUUUACAGAAACGUCUGUACAUAUUUCUAUUAAUAAAUGAUUGAAAAACUUAA